AUCCUCCACGCGCGAGCCCUACCGUGUAUUUUACUAACUACUAUUUGACACUGGUCUCGGGACUUGUUAUUUAAUUACAAUUUUGUGAAUCACCAACACGUCAUACAUCACUUUCAUCUUACAUUUUUGGAAUAGAAAAAAUGAGUAAACAGGGUUAUGAACCUGCACCUACAGCUCCCUUACCAACUGCACCACCACCUCCGUAUGAUGUUUCAAUGUCACAACCACCAUACAAUCCUCACAUGGAGAAUGUAGUGUCACCACCUUAUCAGUAUCAGCCGCCACAAUUGGUUCAUGAAUCACUAGUUCAAGGAGGACAAGCACCUUAUCCGACUCAACCUUACCAUCCUCAGCCGGCUCUACCAGUUGUUGUGGAACAACAAAGCCGAAUUGUGGGAGUGCCUUUGCUGGUGGGCCCACAGUCUUUGCGUACCACCUGCCCCAACUGUAGGACCGAUAUCCGGACUAGUACCGCCAAGCAGAGCAGGCGAAUUGCUCACCUUUUCUGCUUAGGACUUUGCUUCAUCGGUUGUUGUCUUUGCUCUUGUAUCCCGUACUGCAUGGAUUCUAUGAAGGAAGUUCGGCACACAUGUCCUAAGUGUAAAGCCUAUCUCGGUACUUACCGGUGCUAAACCGGUGUUGAGGAAGUGAUCUGGCCUAGGAGGAAAGCUUUUGGAUAUUAUUUUAGAAAUAUGUGUUGUGUACAGUAUUGUUAGCUUUUAUAAAAUAUGUGCUGUCACGAACAGGAUGGCAUAAACUUUAGUCACCAUCUGAUAACAAUCAUUGUCUGUUUUACCAAAACGAACCAAUGCCUUGUGUAGUGACCGUCACAUUGUUAAUGUUUUUAUUGAACAGAUAGUCUGUAGAAAGAUUCAAGAUCUGAAUUUUUUCACUGACAUGGUGGCGUGAAAUUUAGUCACCAUCUAGUUAUGAUAACUGUGUUUUACCAAAAAGAACCAAUUGCCUUUGUAGUGACUGCCAUAUUGUCAAUGUUUUUGUUAUGUAUACUCAUUGUAUGAAUACUCUGACUGCCCCUACAUUAUGUAUAUAGAUAAUUAAUACGAAUUUAUCAACAGACUUCCAAAACACAACUGUUUUUGUCCUGUCCAGUUCUUUAUGACUAUUUAGUUUUGACUAACUAGAAACUGUUUGUUAUAAAUAAAGUUUAGUACGCAUUUGUUCUUGGUAUUGUUUAAGAUACUUUUGAGUUAGUCUAAGUUUAACCCUUUCACCGCCAGAAGCCUAUAUAUAGCCAAGCAGUGUGUGUUCGUAAAAUGCAGAGAGCCUAUAUUGUAGGCUUAUGACUAUUUUGCUUGUUACAAAGUUAUUUUCUAUUAAAUUUUGACGAACCUCUUAUCAUUGUAUUUGGAAUGAAAUGCGUUGUCAUAAUAUAACAAAUUUCCAAGUUCUGAAAACUCACGAUAUUCGUAAGGCAGUGGCCAACAUAGCGUGAAUGCUGGUCUGUCUUACACAGUGUGUCAAUGUUUUUACACUGUUAGUUUUGGUUUCGUUAUGACAAAGUAAUAAUAUAGCUUAGUAGCAUAAAAUUACUUCAGAUUAUGUUUAUGGAGUUCAAAUUUAAAAAAUAAAUUUUGUAUGAAUUCUUUUUUUGCUUUAUUGAGUUUUAUGUAUUUAUUUUAGAAGAAAGUUUUUACUUUUUUAUGCUUUUCAAUGUUGCUGCUCUCAUCACGAAAAAAUGGUACCAAAAAUAUUGCUUUACGAUAAAAAAAUAAGAGAAUAAUAAUAGUUUAUGUGUAAAAGUACAAAAUGGCAAAAAAUGCUUGGCGUUCUGGCACACUGUCUGUAGUAUAUUGCCAGCGAGUAGCCGACGCACAGCACUGGAGUGGUUGGCGCUCUGACGCUCGCACCCGUUAUUUUCUUGGCGGUCAAAGGGUUAACUAAAAUUACUUGUAAACUUGUAAAUACAUGAAAUAUGAAGUAGUAUAGUAAAUGUUCAGUGGAUCUUAGUCAGAUAACCAGAACUAAACCAACAGGCUGCUAUUUCAUCUAAACCAACCAAUUAUAUAAUCAUAUUUUGUUUUUACACAUAGUUUUAAAUUACAUGUAUUCAUUUUCAACAUCACUUGCUGAAAUGUGUUAGGAAUACAUUAACAGAAUAUAUCUGAACAGUUACCAGGUCAAGGAUUGAUAUGAAUCAGUUCUUUUACAAAAUACCAGAAGUUAAUAUACUACACAGUGCGUCAUAAAACCUUGGAAACAUUGGAAUCUUUUAAACAAUUUCACCUGUAAGAUUUUACCCACUGCAUAAAUCCUCAUUUUGAAACAACGUAAAAAGCAACUUUAAUAUUGUGGAAUUUAAAGCACUGAUAUUUGUUUCCCUUCCAUAAAAAUACACACGCUUCUUAAUAUAAUUAUUUAAUAAAUGUAUAAAAUUAAUAGUCUAUUUAAAUAGAACAUGUACACCCACACACAUACAUAGCUUAUACAUAAUUCAGAAUAUUGCAAUGAAUUAUAAACAAUUAUUAAUGUUUAAUAUUUGUUAUGAAAUUAUCAUAAUUUAAAGUACAUAUAUAUAGUAUAUAUAGUUUUUAUAUUCUUAUGAAGCUUUUUGUUUUCAUAUAUUACAAUCUUAAUAACAAUGGAUUUAAUAUUUAGGAAUAAAAGAAUCAUACUUGGGAAGUGCGAUCAUUAAAAUCUUGUUAAGUGGAUUGUAGCGCAUAUAAAUUAUGGAGGAAGAUUUCUAAAUUAUCAUUUUAACCCUACACCUGACAUGUAAAAUGCUGGUGUACCACGUAAUGCAGUUGGCAGUGGAUUGAGAUUGACUUUCUUUACAAUGAUUUUAUAGCGUGGUUGUGCUCCAUAAAACUUUUGAGGUAGAAUGUAGGCAAAAUUUAAAACACAAAACCACUUAGCUUUAUUAAUUCGCAAUAGUAAAUUUGACUAAUUGUUAUUGCUUUAAGAUCAUUAGUUUUAAUGAAUGGAUUUUUUAAUAUUAAUAUUUGCAACAAGGCUAAUGUUAGCUAAGUGAGAGGAUUUUUUAUUAGUUUUAGUUACAGAUAUUGUUUGACUUGGUGACAAAAGCAAGUUGUCAGCAACGGAAGGCAAUUUGUAUUUACCAUAUUAUUUAAGCUAAUUAAUAGUAAUUAUUAUAAUACAAAUUUAUUGCAAGAGGGAAUAUUAAUAUAAUUAUUAGCCCUUGAUAAGUAUUGUACUGGUCAUAUAUUAAUUAAGCUAAAAUAAUUUUUUUAAUAUAUCCCAGAUUUUAUAUGAAUUUAUUUUCUCACAAUUAAAAAAUCCUCAAUUCAAAAUGUGCAAGACAAUGUUUAGAACAAACUUUACUUGGAGGAUUAAUGUUGAUGCAGUUUUGUGUUUAUUGACUUUUGACAAUGCUCAAUAGAAUUUAUUAACCGUAUGUUUGAUGUAGAUUGGUUAUAAGAAUGUUGUAAAUCCAAUAGAAUUUAUAAUCUAAGUAUGUUGUAGAUUGGUUAUAAGAAUGUUGUAAAUUUAAUCUGAAACUUAUAGUUCUAGAUGUCUUAGUGCAUAAUAUAUGUUCCUAUUGUAAUGUGAUUUUAUUGCGUCUAUUUUGUAAUAUAAAUAUGAAACUAGCUCAUGCGCAGCUUCUUGAUAUUGUUUUAUACGUACUGCAUUUGUUGGUUAUUAAUGAUAUUAUACAGGGUGUUUCAAAAAGGACAUUAUAACUUUGAAAAUUCGUAUAAAAUUAUUUUUAAAAAGUA